CAUGACCCGGAAAUAAAAAAAAGUGUAUCUCAAACAGAAAGAGGGCCGUGUCCGACUUGUUGUUUUCUCUCUCUCCCCCUCCUUUUCUCCCUCUCUUUCCGUUUCACGCUCUCACAAGAAGCGGAGCAGAAGGAGGAGACGGACCGCUUCGAUAGUUUGUUACUGUCGUAAAAAAUGGGUUCAAAUCGCUCGUUUCUGCCGUUUUUAUCGCGGUGUCUCCUAAUCUGCGUCACUUUGUGGAGCGACCCGAGCAACGGGCUGUCAUCCAAAUCCACCCGGAGACCGAACAUCGUUUUGAUCCUCACCGACGACUUGGACAUCGCUAUCGGGGGACUGACUCCACUCCCCAAGACCAAGAAGCUCAUCGGCGAUGCGGGGAUAUCGUUCACCAGCGCAUUUGUCGCCAGCCCGCUGUGCUGCCCGAGUCGGGCCAGCAUCCUGACGGGGAAAUACCCGCACAACCACCACGUCGUCAACAACACGCUGGAGGGGAACUGCAGCAGCAAAGCCUGGCAGAAGAGCGAGGAGGCCGCCACCUUCCCCGCCCUGCUGAGGGCGGACGCCGGCUACCAGACCUUCUUCGCUGGGAAAUAUCUCAACCAGUACGGCCACUCGGAGGCGGGUGGAGUGGAGCAUGUUCCUCCAGGCUGGAGCUACUGGGUCGGACUGGAGAAGAACUCUAAAUACUACAACUACACUCUGUCAGUGAACGGGAAGGCAGAGGACCACGGGGCGGACUACCGCAAAGACUACCUGACAGACGUCCUGGCCAACAGGUCUCUGGACUUCCUCCAGUAUAAAUCCAACUACCUGCCGUUCUUCAUGAUGGUGUCCAUCCCGGCCCCCCACUCCCCCUGGACCGCGGCGCCUCAGUACCAGAACAGCUUCAACACCACCAAGGCUCCCAGGGACCCCAACUUCAACGUCCACGGGAAGGACAAACACUGGCUGAUCCGACAGGCUAAAACGCCGAUGAGCAACUCCUCCGUUCACUUCCUGGACGACGCCUUCAGGAAGCGGUGGAGAACGCUGCUGUCGGUGGACGACCUGGUGGAGACGAUAGUGAAGAGGUUAGAGGUCAGAGGGGAGCUGGACAACACGUACGUCUUCUUCACCUCGGACAACGGCUACCACACAGGUCAGUUCUCGCUUCCUCUGGAUAAGAGGCAGCUCUACGAGUUUGACAUCAGGGUUCCUCUGAUGGUCAGAGGACCAAACAUCAAGCCCAACCAGACCAGCCGGAUGCUGGUGGCGAACAUCGACCUCGGUCCGACCAUCCUGGACAUCGCCGGCCACGACGUCAACAAGACCAAUAUGGACGGCAUGUCCUUCCUGCCCGUCAUGGAGGGGAAGGUGAACAGCAGCAUCUGGAGGACAGACGUCCUGGUGGAGUACCAAGGAGAAGGAAGCCCCGUGUCCGACCCGGCGUGUCCUCUGCUGGGACCCGGCGUCUCGGAGUGUUUCCCGGACUGCGUGUGCGAGGACUCGUACAACAACACGUACGCCUGCGUGCGGACCGUCGCCCCCUCGACCGACCUGCAGUACUGCGAGUUCGACGACAACGAGGUGUUUGUGGAGGUGUACGACGUGACGGCGGACCCCUACCAGCUGACCAACAUCGCCAAGACCAUCGACCAGGAGGUGCUGGAGAAGAUGAACCACCGGCUGAUGAUGCUGCAGUCCUGCUCCGGCCAGACGUGCCGCACGCCCGGCGUGUACGACACCAGGUAUAAAUUUGACCCUCGCCAGAUGUUCUCGAGCCACAGCUGGCGGCCCAGCCGACUCCGACAGAAGAAGUGAGGAGGAGGAGGAGGAGGAGGAGGAGGAGGAGGAGGAGGAGAAAGAGGAGGAGGGCUGAGUCCUAUGUCCUAUGUCUUGUAUCUCGUGCUGCUGUUGCCUUGUUUCUGGGCCUCACAGGCCUCUUUGGAGAAGGGGGCCGGGGGGGGGGAGGGGGACCAGGGGCCCCUCUGGGUGCGGGACCCACCUUUUUAAAGCUUCUGGAUCAACGUGUCAACGAUCCAAACUGUGGGAGCUGGUCUCAUUUUCCCUAAUCGUCACUCCGAUGGUCCUCAAGAAUUUCAAAUCUUAAUCCAAAAGAAAACCGCAGCGAAUCCCACGAAGCGUCCAAACGUUUGUUCCAUAGGUUCGUUCUUCUUCAGCAGGUUAACGGUAAAUAGUUUUAACCUCCGUUAGGCC